AUGUCGCCGCCGGCCGUUCUGGUCGCCGACGGCGCCAUCUCCCCGCACGCUCCUCCUUCCGCGGCCGCCUUCCUCGAGUCCACCCCGGGCGCCUACACCACCGCGCGCGCAUCCUCCGCCGGCCUCCUCUGGUGGCCCCGACACCUCCUCCGGCUCGCCGACUCCGCGCGCAUCCUCGCCCACUCCCACCCCCACCUCCUCGGCCUCCCGGCCCCUCCGCCACAUACCCUCUCCACAGCCUCCCUCGAGCCUCUCGUCAACCAGUCCGUGCGGGUCGGCGUCCGCGAGAUGCGGAGGCGGAUGCUGGCCUGCUCGGGGCAGGACAUGGCGCUCACGGCGUUGGUCAGAGCUGGUGGCUCGGCGGAGGGGCUUGAGGUCUGCGUCCACCUGGGCGUGUAUGUGCCGCCGGUGUUCGGAGACGCCGGGGCGAGGCUUGCCGUUGCCGGGAGCGGAAGGGAGGCUGCCGCCGCCAAGUACGCGCCCUGGGUUAGGAUGAGGAAGAGUAUGGAGAAGAUGAGGCCUCCUGGAGCCACGGAGCUGUUGCUGACCAAUGAUGCGGAUCGUAUUCUUGAAGGCAGCAUUACGAACUUCUUCGUCGUUUGCUUGAAGGAGGAACAUCAGUCGAAUGAACCCUUCUCUGUUCAAACAGUGACGAAUAGGUUUGAAGUACAAACAGCUCCACUAAGUGACGGCAUUCUCCCUGGAAUUAUGCGCCAGAUAGUGAUAGAGGUAUGCCAUGAUCUUGGGAUCCCCAUACGUGAGGUCUCACCGUCAUGGUCCAAGCGUGAAAGUUGGGAGGAAGCCUUCAUUACAAGUAGCUUAAGGCUUAUCCAGCAUGUGGAUACAGUUCAAGCACCUUUACUAUGGGAAGACAUAGAAACGAAAACCUGGAGCGAUGUAUCUUGGGUGGUGAAGCAGUUUCAGGGAGCUGGAUGCAUCACCACACAGAUACAGAGGAAAAUAUCAGAGAGAGCAUUAACGGAGGAAUAUGAUACAAGAGAUCUCUUGUGAGUUCUGAAUGUUGUCAUUAUUUCUGGGUGAUGGGUCCCCUGGCUUGACCAUCAUUUGUUCAUCGGAGGAGGCGGCCUAAUCAAAAUACAGCUUGCGGUGUUAAUUUGGCGAAGAGAAACUUUUCAGUAGUUUGGACAAAUGUUUCAUGAUCAAAGCAGUGGACCUAAGAAGCCAGUGUUGGUGCCACUCUUGCGUCCUUUUGCAAAGUGAUUAGGACCAGAACCUGGGUAUGGAUGAUACUUGGUCAGCAUGUAUGUGCCGCUUUCUUGCAGAAACUAGUGGUGGAAUCUGGCCAUGAGAGAGGGGGUGAUUGAUUGAAGCAGGCGACCUGCCCAGUAUUGUGACCUGAUGUUGGUUGUUGCAACUUGUAUCUGUAUGUAUAUCAUCCACGCUAUAACAUGAUAUGUGAGCACGGACAAGAGCACUUCUGUACACCAAACUUUGUGUAGGUAAAGGCUCGAUUAUGUACCAAUUUCCAAGUGUACGACGUUACAUACACAGGCACCAUGUCACAAAAUCUUGAGUUCCAUUGGAUGGAAUUUUACAUGCAUAGCUAGGGUGAGUUCAGAUAUUAUUA